AGUCCAGAGUGAGAGAUGGAAAGUAAAUUAUUAAGAAAAGGGGAAGGAGAGAUGUUGAGGUAGUUUAUUUGAGAAGAGAUUUGAUCGAAUCAUGAUGUUAAGAUUAAGUCUCCUGCUUACCCUGCUCUCCCACUCGGCCAACUCAGUGCUGCUUGGAUGGGUGGAGUCUCCGGGGUAUCCCAGUGGAUACCUGCCCCAUGCCACUCUAAACUGGAGCAGGUGUGCCCCCCAGGGUCACACCCUCUCCAUCAGGCUCAUCCACCUGGACCUGGAGGACAGCCAAGGCUGUGAAAACGAUGCCGUGAAGGUCUUUUCAAAUGGAAACUUAAUUUCUGUUCUGUGUGGCACAAGGGAAUUUGAGGAGCUUCAGUCCACUAUAAAUCCCUCACUCCUCUCCUCCCCGGGCGGCUGUCUCUCUCUUUCUUUCCACUCUGACUUCUCAAACACCAAGAGGCACACCGGCUUCAGAGGCUUUUACACUGUGCAAGACUUUGACGAGUGUGAGGACGACCCAGAGAACGGAUGCACCCAGUUCUGUCACAACUUCAUUGGAGGGUACCACUGCUCCUGUCAACAUGGUUACCACCUGGGCGUGGACAAACAAACUUGCACGGUGCAUUGUAGCGGAGAUCUGUCAGGGCUGAACAGAGGCGACAUAUCCAGUCCCUCCUGGCCUGGUUCAUAUGCCGAGAAUGCCAACUGUCACUACAUCCUGUCUGUGGAGGCCCACCUGCAGCUGGAGCUGCACUUCUCUGGGGUCUUUGAUGUGGAGCAAAGCCCCGGUGGUCAAUGUAUAGACGCACUGAGGAUUGAGACUUCCACUGGAACUCUGGGGCCAUUCUGUGGCCACACGCCUCCCCCAUCUCCCCUCCUCACUCACUCGCAUCAUGUCAAAAUCCGCUUCACCUCUGAUGGCUUUGGCACCAACAAAGGCUUCACUCUCCACUUCAGAACCACGGACAAGGUCUGUCCAGCAGUGGUAACCUCACACUCCACUGCGACUCCUCAGAAACCAGAAUAUCAUCAGGGUCAAACAGUGACAGUAACUUGUGAUCUUGGCUAUGUUGUGAAUACUCCAGGCUCCCAGACCUUGUCAUCACAGUAUGUGACAACAUGCCAGAGUACAGGCAUAUGGACCCCUAAUUACCCCUGUGAACCUGUGGAUUGCGGUUUUCCUGAUAUCCCAGAAGAUGGCAUCCUUCAGCUGGUGGUCUCUGAUAACCUACACACUCAGUAUAAAGACCAGAUCCAGUUUAACUGCAGUUCAAAAUACUAUACACUGGAAGGAAAGGACACAUACACUUGCAGUGCCAGUGGUGAAUGGGUAUCAGUUGGCGGAGAGACACAGAUGCCGAAAUGCACUCCUGUGUGCGGGAGGCCUGAAAAAGAGCCUGCGAAUACAGGCAGGAUUUUGGGAGGUCGGAAUGCAAACCUGGGAGAAAUACCCUGGCAUCUUUUGAUAAAAGAGCCAAAUAGAGGAGGAGCAUCACUGAUCAAUGACCGAUGGGCCGUCACGGCCGCUCAUGUCGUGGAAAGGGCCGAGGAAACCUCUUUGCGCCUGUAUGGUGGACUGGUAGAUGGAAGGACAACCUCAAACAGAUUUUCUGAUGUAGUUGUCAUUGACAGUGAGAGGAUCAUUAUUCACCCCAGCUACAACAAAGGCAUGUUCCUUGACAAACGCACCAAUUUUGACAAUGAUAUUGCUCUUAUUAGAUUUGCUUCCAGGGUGAAUUUUGGUCCUAACCUCAUACCCAUUUGUCUGCCAGAAGUAAACAGAGGCUUGGUGGAAAAUGAGCAAGGCACAGUUUCAGGCUGGGGGAUGACAGAAGGGAGGACUAAUCUUGUCACGUCUCGCAUGUUGAAAUACGCUCAUAUCGGGGUCUACUCCCAAAACGAGUGUCAGAAUACACCUUACACAUCAACUAACAGCCGCAUGAUUUUCACCGAAAACAUGUUCUGUGCAGGAGCAUCAGGGAAGGACAGCUGCCAGAAAGACAGUGGCGGUCCAUUUAUUUUACCUAUGUUGUCCACAGGCAGAGCGCCUUAUUAUCUGACUGGCAUUGUGUCCUGGGGAUCCCCCUGUGAGGAGAGGAGGUUCAAGGGUUAUUAUACCAAAGUGGAGAAUUAUGUAGAGUGGAUUAAGGAAACAAUAGAUAAAGAAGAAAAAUCUUUGAAGGGAGAAAGAUGAGGGGGGAACAUGUUGCUACUAACCAUAACCCCGUAAUCCAUUUCAGGACUGAUUCUGAUCUCUAAAAUAAAAAUGUUUAUGAAAUAAAGACAAUUAUCUUGCAAUCGGUGUACCAACAUUCAUAAACACAAUGACAAUAGCACAUUAUGACUUCAUACUUCACUUUUGUAUUA